GUUUGCCCCAAUCCCGCUCUAGAGCGAGCGGCAGCGCUACCACUCUCGGGACCGGAGGGGGCGUCCGCCCCCCGGAUGUGACAACGCGGUGACGCGCAAAAGGAGAGGAGGCGGCCAUGGAGGGACCUGGCUACCGGGUUGUGUUUGAGAAAGGCGGCGUGUACCUGCACACCAGUGCCAAGAAACACCAGGACGCGGACUCGCUCAUCGCCGGCGUCAUCCGGGUCGUGGAGAAGGACAAUGACGUCCUUCUGCACUGGGCCCCCGUAGAGGAGGCUGGCGGUUCUACCCAAAUUCUCUUCUCCAAGAAGGACUCCAGCGGAGGUGACUCCUGCCCGUCUGAGGAAGAGCCGACCUUUGACCCUGGCUAUGAACCUGACUGGGCGGUCAUCAGUACCGUGCGGCCACGGCCCCGCCACUCGGAGCCCACGAAAGGUGCAGAGCCCAGCUCCCCACAGGGCUCCUGGGCCUUCUCGGUGAGCCUGGGGGAGCUCAAAUCCAUCCGCCGUUCCAAGCCAGGCCUGAACUGGGCCUACCUGGUCCUGGUGACCCAGGCCGGAGGCUCCCUGCCCGCCCUGCACUUCCACUCUGGGGGCACCCGUGCCCUGCUCCGAGUCCUCAGCCGCUACCUGCUGUUGGCCAGCUCGCCCCAGGAUUCCCGCCUCUACCUUGUCUUCCCCCACGACUCCUCUGCUCUCUCCAAUUCCUUUCACCACCUCCAGCUCUUUGACCAGGACAGUUCCAACGUGGUAUCGCGCUUUCUCCAGGAUCCCUACUCCACAACCUUCAGCAGCUUCUCCCGGGUAACCAACUUUUUCCGGGGAGCCCUGCAGCCACACCUGGAGGGGGCCUCCUCCGACCUCCCCCCACCUCCAGAUGAUGAACCAGAGCCUGGGUUCGAGGUCAUCUCCUGUGUGGAGCUGGGGCCUCGGCCAGCCGUGGAACGGGGCCCGCCAGUCACCGAGGAGGAGUGGGCCCAGCACGUGGGUCCCGAGGGCCGACUGCAGCAGGUUCCCGAGCUGAAGGCCCGGAUCUUCUCAGGGGGUCUAAGCCCCAGCCUAAGGCGAGAAGCCUGGAAGUUGCUCCUGGGGUACCUCAGCUGGGGGGGCUCUGCCGAGGAGCACAAGGCCCAUGUGCGCCAGAAAACGGACGAGUACUUCCGCAUGAAGCUGCAGUGGAAGUCCGUGAGCCCCGAGCAGGAGCGGAGGAACUCCCUGCUGCGUGGCUACCGCAGCCUCAUCGAGCGCGACGUGAGCCGCACUGACCGGAACAACAGAUUCUACGAGGGCCCUGAGAACCCCGGGCUGGGCCUGCUGAACGACAUCCUCCUCACCUACUGCAUGUACCACUUCGACCUGGGCUAUGUCCAGGGCAUGAGCGACCUCCUCUCCCCAAUCCUCUACGUCACCCAGAGCGAAGUGGACGCCUUCUGGUGCUUCUGUGGCUACAUGGAGCUGGUGCACGGGAACUUUGAAGAGAGUCAGGAGACCAUGAAGCGACAACUCGGGCAACUGCUGCUGCUCCUGAGGGUGCUGGACCCAUCUCUGUGUGACUUCCUGGACUCCCAGGACUCCGGCUCCCUCUGCUUCUGCUUCCGGUGGCUGCUCAUCUGGUUCAAGAGGGAGUUCCCUUUCCCAGACGUCCUGCGGCUGUGGGAGGUGCUGUGGACAGGGCUCCCCGGGCCCAACCUGCACCUGCUGGUGGCCUGUGCCAUCCUGGACAUGGAGCGGGACACCCUCAUGCUGUCCGGCUUCGGCUCCAAUGAGAUUCUCAAGCACAUCAACGAGCUGACCAUGAAGCUGAGCGUGGAGGACGUGCUCACGCGGGCUGAGGCCCUCUACAGGCAGCUGACCGCCUGCCCGGAGCUGCCCCACAACGUGCAGGAAGUCCUGGGCCUGGCGGCGCCCGCAGAGCUGCACAGCCCCUCGCCCCCCGCCUCCCCGCUGCCACUGUCGCCCGCCCGCUCCCUGCCAGAUGUGGCGCCCGGCGCAGACUCUGUCCCGCAGCCCGACAGCAGCUUGGAGAUCCUGCCUGAGGACGAGGCCGACACCUAGCCGCCCAGCACCGGCUCCCGCCCAGCACCGGCACUUUACCCCUUCCCUCCGCCGCAAGGCCCCGCCCACCAGGGGCAGGGCUACACGGAGGGGCGGGGCUUCCUGUCGUGCGUCCCGCCACCUGCAGCCCAGCCGCCCUCCUGAUUGGUUUAUUAAACUGACACGUCUCUUGA